AUGCCCGGAGUAGUCAUGGAGAAUGUCAACCUCGAGGGAUCUCUCCGACGGCCUGACCUCGACGAGUCCAGAAACGGCGCGCCUAAUUUCGAGAAUGCCAAUAAGUCUGGUCAUCACUUGGACUUGAAUGGAUCAUCAGCCCAUGUCAACGGUGCAUUGACCGGGGUCGCGACGUCGAACCAACAGCCAACAACCAUCGGAGACAAGGCAGGGGAAAUCGUGCCAACGACGCCGUUCGAACUCCCCCAUAUCACUCAAGGAUUUUUCCCGUUCGGGACUCUGGUGAACCGCUCAGCACAGGAAUGUUGGAAUGAGCUUUCGGAGUUGAUCGCAGAAUUAGCUGCGAUACAUGUGCCGGCCUCAGGUGGCUCAGUUAUAACCAACGGGAAACCAGCCGUUAAUCAGUCAUCGGAAAACGUGCACAAGAAAUUGCGAAUUCUGGACUUCGCUCAUGCCAAGAGAGCCGAGUUUAUUAAACUGCUAGUGCUCUCUCAAUGGAGUCGACAAGCUGCAGAUGUCAGCAGACUCAUUGAUAUCCAGGGGUUCAUUCGUACACGACACCAGUCAUACGAUGCAGCUCUCCAGUAUGUUGGUGAAGUGAAAAGAGAUCUCGUUCGAGCACAAGUCGCAAAUCCGGAUUUAAAAACGGCUGUGGAGGUAUUGUCAAAGGGACGAGUAACUUCCUUGCCAGACCUCGGCUACAAACCCCGCAAACGACUAACAGCGCAAGCGACUCACAAAAAGCUACUUAAGCUUGAUCGGAUUAUCAGCGUGCGACUCGCAUUACACGACUCCGUGCCGCCCCCAAUGCGAAAUUACCGAGUCCAUGAUGGACGAGUUACAUUCACGGUCCCUGGUGAAUUUGAGCUUGAUCUCUCAGUCGCAGAAGAGUCAAGAGACUCGCAAUUCUUUUUCGUUGAUAUUCGCUUCCUGUUCUCACCAUCAUCACCCAUUCCCAAAGGUCGAGUGUUCAACGAGCUUGACGGCAAAGUCAACACUCUGCUUCGUGCUGAUGGUUUAAUGGGAUGCUUCCAAUUCCUUCAUGGUCUUGUUCUUACGAACAAGAUCAACAUACUCUUCAAGCAAUCCAUGGAACUUUCUCGGGGGCUCUGGGCGGAUUCUCUGCGUAUUGAACUACUACAUCGAACACUUGUCGUUCAGUAUUGGGCUCAAAGAUCAGGGCCGAAGAGCUGGCUCGAAAUCGGAGUUAAGAGCGGUACUUGCGGUCGCAGCUCGAGCGACAAAAGGUCAGGGACAUCCCAAAUUGGCAUUCGAUGGAUGCGUGACGGUCAGCCGGUCAGCAUCGAUGCUAUAAGAUUCAACCCAGAUGAGCUCUCCAUGAAAUGUCUCCUACGAAGCGUUGUCGCGUUACACACAUCACAUCUCCUCCUCACUGCAUUCACCACCCUCAAACGGCAUGUUCUUUUCUCAAGCCAUACACUAUCACUGAAGGCGAAACUUUCGCCAGAAGAACCCGGAAAUUGUCACCUUGAUGUACAACUAACGGCCUCUCGUUCUCUUCGGGUUUCCGUUGAACCUAUGUCAGGUUCCAUCACACUUCGUGGGAAAGAUUUGCUUCACGGAACACCAAAUCUAUUGGAAGGUUUCAGUGGCGAUCGGGGUCCCUACAACUCAUCGAUAGACGAGAUACUAUCCCGUGUCACUCGGCUACGAUGCGUCACUGCGGUGGAUGAGAUUGAGUCCGGCGUCAAGGCACUCGGUCUCGAGCCUGUGAACCAAAGAGCACUUGGUCUUGAUCCUCGCAAGCUGUUCCCCUCUGGUGUGCUACGAAUUGCUUUCUUCACCCACCGACUUUGGAACCGGCAUUGGAUCGCCGCAGCCACCAGCAGCAUGGAUGGUGACCGCUGGUGGCUCGUUCGACUUCGGCCAGCCGGGCCAACCGAGCCAACCGGGCCAACCAAGACGAUACGCUUCCCUAUCAUGGCUUUCGAUAAUAUGAAUCUUCCACAGGCCCAUAUGGUCGGUACAACACUUGUGGCUUCGAAAAGGCGGCGACUCGACUACACGACGUGCGCCGAGCUGGUCCACGGUCUCACUGGAGUUCUGGCCAUUCAUGCGAACGCGCGUUAUCUGUCAGACCUACCAGCCAUGCAUAUUUGGCCAUCGUUGGAUGGUCUGCAGCUAGAAACAGAUCACAGAGUCCCCGAUGUCCUGUUUAACUACAAUCCGUCAACACUUCCGUCUGCUUUCCGGGUCACUUUGCCCUUCGGAGUGAAGAAGCAGUCGGAUUUCAAUGAAAUGAUUCGGCUGGCUUUCCAUGGAAUUGACGCCAAGAGCCGCUCUGUCAUAAUGAUGGCUCACGGCACUUUGAAGACUCGCAUCAAAUCUCUGGUUUUCCUCGUCUCAGAACUAGAUUCUUCAUUGAUCAUUGAAGACAAAGGCACUGGGUUUGCGCUUCGUUUGCCCGUGCCAGCUGGGCAUUCUCUUGUUGCUUGUCUUCUUGAACGCUUGCAGCGGCUCCAGUGUAUCCUCUCUAUUCUCCAGUCACUCAUACGGAAGGGAAUGGAGCCUCGAUCUCUGUCUUUAUCACAAAUCAGCUUUGCCUACGGGCCAGAGAAACGAUUCUCUGCGCUCUUUGAUAUCAGCGUCGAGGGGCCUUCUUUGUCUGACCACAUUGAUGUCGCAGAUGCUAUCUCCAAGUCUAAGCCAUUAUUCCAAGUGAAGCUGGCUAUCAAAUUCAAGAACUCCAGUCCUCACCGUCGAAUCCAAGAGCCCCUCACUGUGGCUUUGAACCAGCGGUCCUCUGAAGGCGGCGUUGAAACCAUUCUUCAGCUCUUGGCUCUCACACUUCCUCUUCUGCAGUCAUUGGAUCAAAUUACCCCUCAGUCAAGUCAAGUGGAUCCAUCAAUUGUGCAGAUCACCGUCCGCGGGCCUACUGUAUACCUCUUACACUAUCCUCGGUUGAAAUCUCGUUUCCAUUUGAGCGCAGUGACCCACCAAGACCGUUUGGUUUGGCUGAUAAGGGAUGCCAAUGGAACGGAUCAGUCUGGUCGUGAUCAAGUCACAGCCAUGAUACAAGAGAAAAUCUAUCAGUCGAAAGGCGAUGGUUGGACCGGCCUUGGAGAUGGAGUGAUCGCGGACAUCACCCACGUGGAAAGCCUCAUACUUGAACUGCACCAGCGUCUUAGUGCACCCGAUCUCCAACUUGACAAAGGAGCCGAAACCAAAGCCGAGCAAUUUCCGCAACCAAUGCAUAUGAAAGCUUCGACGCCUGCCGCUCCGCAGCAAGCAAGAGGGAAAACGGAUGUCAUCACCAUUGACUAG